GAUCCUCCGGGGAGGCCGCGCGGUUGGCUACCUCUAUGAAGUGGGCAGCGGCGGCACGCGUCUCCAGAUCGAGAGACAACUGACACAUACGCAUCGUCCGCCGACGCGCGCUCGGAGUGGGCUAGCGAGGACUUACGGCGACGCGGGAAUGGCCAAUUCUGGCGCACGGAAGGCGCCGGAGCCCGCGACCUCCCUGGACGUAGCGACAGCGGUACUCAAAAGCACCGGCUGUGCGCGUGACGCGGGAGGCCGUCGCGGCUUACUGGUGUGUCGAGCGGCGCCGGGCCCGGACCAGGCACUGCUGCUCUUGCUGCAGAAGCAGCUCCACGACGGCGUCGGCGGCGGCGACGGCAGCGGCAGCGGUACGGCCGGAGCCGGAACGCUUCCCGGGACUGCUGCACAAGGCGGUAACAGGCUUGUAGGAGGAAGAAGAGGAACAGACGACGAACGCAGCAAUGAGAUGAGGCAUCACGAACACCGGACACACCGCGCAGCGUUGAAGGAACGCUCACGCAUCGCCCGCACUACGCACACGACCCGCAUAUCAUUUCCCCGUAGAAAGGCGCGGCCGCCAGGGCCCCUCUCCUUUCCUUCUUCACAAGGCUUGGCUGUUGAAGAGUCAUUCAUUUGCACGCGACGAGAGGUUAGAGCUUAGGCGCCGCUCAGGCGCAGGGAAGACACAGCGUAUAU